AUGAGACAGGAAGGGUGAUGGAAGAUAUUGUUGCUAAAGAGUUGUAUGGAAAACAAUUUGAAGAAAUUCAGCACUGCUUUAAAAUUAUAGGGUUCACUGAUGAGGAGGUACAUUCAGUGUACAGAAUCUUAGCUGCAAUUUUGAACACUGGAAACAUUGAGUUUGCAUCAAUUUCUUCAGAACACCAGACAGAUAAGAGUGAAGUCCCCAAUUCAGUGGCCUUGGAAAAUGCUGCCACCCUGCUUGGUAUCAGCUCAGAGGAACUCCAGGAGUCUCUCACCUCACAUUGUGUGGUCACCAGAGGGGAAACCAUCAUCCGCACCAACACUGUGGACAAAGCUGCUGACGUUCGAGAUGCCAUGUCGAAAGCCUUGUAUGGGAGGCUUUUCAGCUGGAUUGUAAAUCGCAUCAACACGCUGUUACAGCCAGACAAAAAUAUAUGGCAAGUCUCUGUGUGGGUAGCAGGGGGAGGGGGAUAAAAG